AUGGAGAGGAAAACAAGCAUCUUUCAAUUUUUCGCAUAUAAGCCAUCAGAAAUAAUGCCUGGCUCGGCAAAGAAGCCUGGACCUCUUAUCGGAGUCAUCGAUGUCGGAACGCGGACAGUUCGAUUUGCGGUUUUUAAUGCCAAACAUGUGACUGAAGUUGCCUCGCAUCAUAUCGAUAUCGAACAAUCGAGUCCGCAGGAAGGAUGGGUGGAACAGGAUCCAAAAGAGAUUUUAUUUGCGGUGAAGGCCUGUAUCAAAGAUGUCCUACGUAAAUUUGAUUUUCUUGGAUUGAACGUUAAUGAGAUUGUGACUAUCGGUCUCACCAAUCAAAGAGAAACGACUAUAGCUUGGGAUAGUACAACUGGCGAGCCGCUUUACAAUGCUAUUGUGUGGUCCGAUAUCAGAACGGAUUCGACGGUCGAUCAAAUAAUUGCCAAAUUUCCUGAUCAGAGUAAAAAUCAUCUUAAACCUCUUUGUGGUUUACCGGUUAGUCCUUAUUUCUCAGCUUUAAAGAUACGAUGGCUGAAGGACAAUGUGCCGGCUGUCAGGAAGGCAAUCAGGGAAAAACGCUGCAAAGUGGGAACAAUGGACACUUGGGUCAUUUGGAAUUUAACUGGUGGUAAGGACAAUGGGCUGUAUAUUACUGAUGUAACCAAUGCAUCCAGGACUAUGUUGAUGAACAUAGAGACCCUUAAUUGGGAUCCUACACUAUGUAGGUAUUUCGACAUUCCCAUGAAACUUUUACCAGAGAUCAAGAGCAGUUCUGAAAUUUAUGGUAAAGUUGAGGUUGGACCACUCAGAGGCAUUCCUAUAUCAGGAAUUCUAGGCAAUCAGCAAUCAGCACUUGUUGGGCAGAAUUGUCUGAAACAGGGACAAGCGAAAAAUACAUACAGAAGUGGCUGUUUCUUACUUUGCAAUACAGGAACUACGAGGGUGCAAUCGUCGCACGGUUUAGUCACCACUGUGGCAUACAAAUUAGGUCCAAAUAGUCCAGCUAUUUAUGCUUUGGAAGGUUCCGUUGCUGUGGCAGGAGCCGCCAUUAAAUGGCUGAGGGAUAAUAUGAAGCUUAUUGAGGACGUCCACGAAAGCGAACACCUGGCACAAAGUGUCUUUAGUACCGGGGACGUUUAUUUUGUACCUGCCUUCUCAGGACUGUAUGCUCCUUACUGGAGGAAGGAUGCCAGAGGAAUUAUUUGCGGUCUCACUGCCUUUACAACCAAACAGCACAUUAUAAGAGCCUCCUUGGAAGCCGUCUGCUUUCAGACUCGUGAUAUUUUGGAAGCUAUGUACAAAGACUGUGGCUUCCCUCUGACGAAAUUGCACACUGAUGGAAAAAUGUCUACCAAUAGUCUUCUCAUGCAAUUACAAGCAGAUCUUUGUGGUACUCCAGUAUUCAGGUCAACAAUGCCAGAUAUUACAGCACUAGGUGCAGCAAUGGCGGCCGGAAACGCAGAAGGUAUCGGCGUCUGGGAAAUCGAAGGAGAAGAAGUUGAGACUGUACCCAGUGAUACCUUUUUACCUACAACGACGCCAGAAGAAAGGGACGCCAGGUAUAAGAAAUGGAAAAUGGCCGUGCAAAGAAGUCUUGGAUGGGCAGCGGUAAAGAUGUCCGAUCAAAUGACAGAUGAACGUUAUCGGAUAUUGGCAUCUAUACCGGCUAGCUGGUUCCUCAUGACAAGUUUCAUUUUACUGCGAUUAAGUUACUAUUUAGAAAGUCGGUGACAUCGGAUCAACCAAGCUGUGAUCAAAGCCUAACUAGCCAGCUGCUAGUCUACUUUGAAGGGAAUUCAUCAAACUAGAAAUGCAAUCUUAAAAGACGCAAGUCUUUAGCUUAGCCAAAUCUUCUAUGUUAGAAAAUGAUUGAAGAUCUUCACAGCAUUGCAGGCUGUCGAGGAGAUAGCAAUUCUGUUCGUAACAUCUCUAUGAUUUAUAUCUUUCGUUGCCAAGUACUGAUGUACGAUGAUGAUUUCAUGGAAAUGAUUAUUGUCAUGAAAACAAGAUCCAACGAUGAACACAUCCUGGUGCAGGCAAUACGCCCAAAAUGCAAUGAGAACUGAAAAAGUUUAUUGUUUUCUUCGAGAGACAAUAUUUUUUACCCUGCUCGCUAUUUCAAUAUUAAUUCCUUUCUUCUCUUUGUUUCUCUUCCUCUCUGUCUGUUAUAUAUACUAUGCUAGAGUAUUCUCUAGUCGAUUGUUGUGCCAUAUAUGGAGCGCCAUAGUAAAUUAUAUUAUAUUGAACAAUGCGCUUGAUAUCAAUAAUAGGAUGGAAAACCUACUAUAUAUUUAGCAAAAUAAAAUAUUUUACGUGGGAUAUUUUCUUUGUUGGAAGUGACGAAUGGUUAUGAAAAAUAUGAGACGACCGCAAUGUGGUUCGGAUAAACCUGAUGCGUAACAUUGAAAUUGUAAACACGUAACCGAUAUGUUGGAUCGAUGAGGAUUUGUUUAUUACUUUUAGGCGAUGAUAUGUGCGGGAAGCAUGCGCUUACGAAUUUACGAUUUUAAUGAAAUACGCGUAUUAGAUGUUAUGUAAUCGGCAAUUAGAAAGUAUGCAGUACUUAUCGAAAACAAGGUGUAAGCCAAAUAGUUAUGAACUAAGCAGACUUAUAAUAUAUUUCUAGAAAGUGUUAUUUAACGUCGAAGACGAUUUCGCUUACGUUAUAGUAAAUUACAAAGAUAAAUAAUGUUGUACCGCAAAGGCUGCGACGUUUACUGUAAUAUAAUAAUUUAACACUUUUAUCAAACUCGCUGACAAAUUCACACCGUAAAUAAGCCUGGUGAUUGUUCAAUAAAAACCUAUAUUUCUCGGUA